GCCGUCGCUGGGCGGGGCCUAGAGGGAAGAGGCGGGGCUUAGGGCCCGGCCUGCGGCGGCGGUCACCGGAGCCGUCGGGCCGGGCGGCGGACAGCCGAGGACCGCGGGGCGGCGCCGUGUCCUCCGCCAUGACAGAUCAGACCUACUGUGACCGGCUGGUACAGGACACACCUUUCCUGACAGGACAGGGUCGCCUGAGCGAGCAACAAGUGGACAGGAUCAUCCUCCAGCUGAACCGCUACUACCCACAAAUCCUUACCAACAAGGAGGCCGAAAAGGUGCUGAGGGUUCCGGAACCCCAAGGCGUCCCUGCGUGUGCGGCUCUGCGACCUCCUGAGCCACCUACAGCAGCGUGGGGAGCGGCACUGUCAGGAAUUCUACCGAGCGCUCUACAUCCAUGCCCAGCCCCUGCACAACCACCUGCCCAGCCGCUACACCCUUCGGCUCUGUCUGUGUCCCGGGGGCUUCUCCAUCCCACAUCGGGGUUUCUUCCUGGCUUUCUGUUGGGGGGCAGGCCCCCUGUAGUGCUCGCCAGCUGUUACAGGCCACCCCCCCCUCCUUUCUCUCCAGGACCCAUGAGCUUCCUGGCAGGCCUAGGCCUGGCCGCGGGCCUGGCCCUCCUCCUCUACUGCUGCCCUCCAGACCCCAAAGUGCUGCCCGGGACUCGUCGCGUCCUUGCCUUCUCGCCCGUCAUCAUUGACAGGCAUGUCAGCCGCUACCUGUUGGCCUUCCUGGCAGAGGACCUCGGAGGGUUCUGACGAACCCAGACCCUGGGCCUUACCUGCUGCUUAACCAAAGAACCCCCUGGCCGCCCACUGCGGGGUCCACACUUCUUUUUCUAAAUACCUAUUUUUCAUUAUUUAUAAUUUCUACGAGAACACAUCACCUUCACUCUACAAGGUGCUUAAUAUUAAAUGUCCCGGCUGUCUCUGCCUCUCUGAA